AUGAAUUUUUCCGGUGCUAUAAUUCGACUCAUUUCCUCAUUACCAAUGCUCAGCAUUCGUUCACGUUUACCAGUUCUCUACUUCGGUCAAGCAGUAGCUGCUUUCGCUCAACCCUUCUUCUUAUGCUUAUCACCGAAGGUUGCCGAGUUUUGGUUUGCCGACGAUCAGCGAGGACUCGCCAAUGCACUCUCAUUUAUUGGUAUUCACAUGAGUUGA